AUUUUCCGUUCAAAGUUUCCAUACCAGCAACUUACUUCAUCAAGUUCAGCUAGCUAACAAUUACGUGCUUAUAAAAGAGUCCCCAACGUUUAGAUACGUCCUUUUUAGAUGGCCAUGAAGAGAAUGAGAUCAGAAGAUAUUGUAGGGGAUAAAGACAGCUUAGACGACAUGGCAAAGUGUCUGAUGCUGCUGUCUCAUGGAGGCGGCUUAACAACAGAUACAAAGCCCAAAACAUGUCCACAUCCGGUUGAUGUCUUCGAGUGCAAGACAUGCAACCGUCAGUUUUCAUCAUUCCAAGCGCUGGGUGGCCACCGAGCCAGCCACAAGAGGCCAAGAUUAAUGGGGGAAGAACACAAGGUGGAUCGGACCAAAUUGCAGAGUUCUGGGAACAAACCCAAGAUGCAUGAGUGCUCGCUAUGUGGGCAAAAGUUCUCCAUGGGCCAGGCUCUUGGUGGGCAUAUGAGGCGGCAUAGAGCGAACGAAGGGUUAUCUUCUAUUAUGAAUCCUGUAGAUCACGCCAAAGUGCCGAUGCUGAUGAAGAGAUCUAACAGUACGAGGGUUGUCUGCAGCUUGGACUUGAACUUGACGCCCUUGGAGAAUGAUUUGAAGUUAUUAUUUGGGAAGAUGGCUCCUAAAGUCGAUCUUCGUUUGAUGAUUUGAUUAUGUGAUCACUCACUCAUGUAUUGAUUUUUUUUUUCCCAUUCAUAUUCGUUAAUAUAUAUAUAUAUUUAUGUACGUACAGUAUAUAUAAUACCUUUCGGUUCUUUCCAAAUUCUAUCUGAACAUUAAUGAAUUAGCGUUUCUCUAUGUGUUGA